AUGGCAGGAACCUUUCCGCGAAGCGAACGGAUCGAGCCGGGCUCAGUCAACCUCCCACCCCGCGAGUAUCCUCCAUCCGUUCGCUCAACAUCGGUUGAUGCGGGGAAGGCCGCGACAGAUGUCAUCAACGUCUUCAACGGUGCACUGAACUCCAAGGACUACAACAAGCUCGCACAACUCUUCGUCGCUGACGGCUACUGGAGGGACCAUCUAGCGCUAUCAUGGGACCUCCGCACCCUCAAGGGUAGGGAGAAGAUCCAGAGCUUCCUCAGCGAGGCGUGCCGGCUCAAGGAGGUGCAAAUCGAUACAUCCACAGCCUACAGGGCACCUCACUUUGCGCCGCUCGAUGCCCAUGGCAAAGUCCAAUGUCUGCAAUACUUCAUCAAGGUCAAGACGGAUGUCGGACCUGGUGAGGGUGUCGUGCGCAUGGUUGAGACUGGCGAUAAGUGGGAGAUCUUCACAUUCUUUACGACUUUGCGCGAAAUCGCGGGCCACGAAGAGCCUACCCGGCACCGACGAGAGAAGGGUGUUGACCACGUCCAGAAGCGGGAAAGCAAGAAUUGGAAGGAGAAGAGAGACGAUAGCGUCAACUACGUUGACAGCGAGCCUACGGUAGUGAUUGUCGGUAAGCAUUAUGAACUGUGGCUCUCAAACUUAUAUCAGAUUAUCCUGACAACCAUUCAGGCGCCGGCCAGGCUGGCCUCACAAUCGCCGCUCGAUUGA